AUGAAAGAGUACCGAUUGUGCAAUUUGGAAGAAGACGAAGUAGCUCCCUAUUGGUGGCCGCCUACGUCGACAAUGUCGAAAGAUACGACAGCAAAAACGACAAUGGCAACUCGCGCGACUUUACCACCUCAAAUAGUUACACAAGGAAUCACUCCGCCCAGCGAUAGUCCUUCUCCUGUCACCGAUUUACCGACAAGAAUAUCAAGAAUAAUGACAGUGGCCACUGACAGAAGAGAAACAAUGAUACACUCUACAACGACAAAGCCAAAGGAAACAACGACGAGGGCGUCAAAUUCGUCACUGGGACGACCGAUCACUGGGACGACAGCUCCACGACCGAUCACUGGGACGACAGCUCCACGACCGAUCACUGGGACGACAGCUCCACGACCGAUCACUAGGACGACAGCUCCCAGGAAAUCUUCAUCGCACGUUCCUCCACAAUUGAUGAAGCCUCCUCACGGCAUGCAGAAUGAACAAACAGCAUUUAGCACGUCAACAUUCGAGUAG